GUGUUUGACGUUUCGAAACGUUUAAUCGUUCAUUUGAAAGGAAACAAGCAAGUUCACGUUUUCCGUGAUAGUUUAUUUGUUUUGACUAAAAAAAAACAUUUGUAAAUAAGAAUUUAAAUUAAUUUAUUGAUUUUAAAGAACGUGUAUACAAAAUGGUUGAUGUAAAAAAGUUUGCCAACAUCGACCUGUACGGUUUGAUUGGCGUGGAAAUUGGUGCGACGCAAAGUGAGAUUCGCAAAGCGUACCGAAAGAAAGCGUUGGUCUGCCAUCCGGACAAAAAUCCCGACAAUCCAAAAGCAGCUGAGCUGUUCCAUGAGUUGGCCAGUGCAUUGGAAAUUUUGACUGAUGAAUCGGCUCGUGCAGCCUAUGACCGGGUUUUGAAUGCGAAGAAAGCAGCUGCCUUACGUCAUGCCGAAUUGGAUAGCAAACGGCGAAAAUUGAUCGAAGAUUUAGAGCGUCGUGAAAAAGAGGCGAAUUCACAGCAAAAAGCGCGACGAACGGGCUAUGCAGCGGAAAAAUCACCCGAAGAACAGCUCAAAGAUGAAAUGGAUCGGUUGCGUAAGGAGGGCUCACGUUUAUUGGAAGAAGAACAAGAAAUGAUGCGCAAACAAUUGGCCGAAGAGCGUUUGAAAAUGCAAGAGAGCUCAAAUCGUUGGGAUUCAUCACAACAUCGCAUCAAAAUCAAAUGGAAAGCCGACAAAGGUGACAACACAAACGGUGGCUACAAUGAAACCAUCCUCAGAAACUAUUUGAAGAAGUACGGAGACAUCAUUGCUUUGGUUAUUUCGGGCAAGAAAAAAGGAAGCGCUGUCGUCGAGUUUAAAGCCCAAGAUGCUGCCGAAAUGGCGGUUGACUACGAAAAAGGCAACAUGGACAACCCAUUGACGCUAGAAUGGAUUGGCAAUGCACCGAAAAACAACAGCCGCCCUGGAAAUGGAUCAAGCACAAUCACAGACACCGAUUUUGAAUCACUUGUGCUGCGGCAAAUGAGGCAAGCCGAGGAGCGGAAAAAAUUGAUCGAACAAAUGAUGCGUGAAGAUGGAGAUGAAUAGAAAUAGGUUGCUUGUAGUUUUUAUUGUAUCAUUUAAAUUAAUAGGAAACAUCGAAUUCAUAACAAAGAAAAAAAAUACACAUUUUUAUUGGAUUAAUUUAAAUGACGAAAAAUUAUUUAUCUGUAACUUUUAUUUUUGUUGAUUCUUCUACCAGUUGGAUUAAUUCCGAGAGUUUAUCCACCGAUUUUCGGUCGACUCCUAAUUUUUCGAUUUCAUCACACCAGGCACAGAUAUCGACAUGCAAUUGCAAACGAAUUUUGUCAUCAUCUGACAUUCCCGAGGCUGAAGCACUGCCAUGUUGUGCUGAUCCCGAUUUUUCACGCAGAUUCUUAAGUCUACGCAACGAUUCUUCUGUCUUUUGUACUGAUGUCAGCACAUCGCUCACGGCUGAGAAAUACCUUAAAGCAAUAAAAAUUUUCAAUUAAAACCAAAUUCUCUGUCUCGGUUAACUAUUUUCUCAACUUACUGUCGAUUUAAAUGUGAAAAUGACAAAACCAUGCACUGCUUUAUGAUGUCUGUGGCGAUUCGAUUGGAAUUUUUCGUGUAGAAUGAUUUGGCUGGCUUAAGAAUUUGUUCAACAUAAUUGCACGGUUUAGUUGGUGCUUCUCGAUUGGUUUUACGGUAGAGCCUUGGAAUGUCACCAACUUGUUUCGUCCAUCCAGCCGUUUUGGCAAUGAUCUCAUUGCUCCAUUGUUGCUCGAUCAGUUUCAAGCGCUCCGUCAACAUUUUACGCGAUUCAUCAAAGCAUUUUUCGACGAGGCUCAGGUGCGUGUUCAUAUUAGCCGGAAUUUUCUCUACGAUACAAUCAAAUAUGCUCGAUAUUUUCCCUAUCAAAGUGUUUACAUCUAAAUAAAUCAUCGUCAUGAAAUCCACACGAUCCAAAUUCGAUGGUAAGUUCUUUGUGGCCGUCGCUUCUUCCGACCAUUUACUGAGCCGCGACAAAAUUUGCAGCGUGAAUUUGAAGAAUCGUGCAAACAGCUGCGGCAAAUAGACACCAGUUGUCCAGCAUUUUUUAAUGCACGCAUCACCUUUGACAAAUGGUUUCAAACUCAAACCACUCUCUGAUGUAACAACGGUGUGUUCAUUGAUUAACUCACUACAUGCUGACUCCAAGGCACCUCCAAUUUCUUGAAAACGAAUCUGAAUGGGAGUAGAAUGCGAAAAUUGAAAAAUAUGCCAAAAGAAAACAAAAAAGUCUAAAAUUACUUGAAAGUAAACGGGUAAAUUCCAUUUGCUUUGAAAUUGUUUAUAUUGCACAUGAUCACAGAAUCGGUCGAUUUGCUUGCGACUCUUGAUAACGCCCUCGAUCUUUUCCAGAAAUGCGAUGGUAUGCUCAUAUUUUUGAUAGAACGAAUCUGGGUUACCAGGUGCAAAAAUCGAUGUCAUGUGUGUUUCAAUGCGAUGCUCAACUUCCACCCAAAAA